AUGGAGAUGGAGGCUUCAUCGAUAAAGCAAGCUGGCGCAGUGGGAUCAAGGUUAGAGGAUCGUCUACCCACGUCUGGCGAAGUCAAGGGCGAUGCCCUCUUACCCAUAUGGCGGCGCCUNAGAGGGUCGUCUACCCACGUCUGGCGAAGUCAAGGGCGAUGCCCUCUUACCCAUAUGGCGGCGCCUACAAAGGCGACGCCCAAGGUGACAACGGCUGAGAAGAGGCGUUCGUCCAUGACGCUGGUUUGGGAGGCCUUUGUUUGCAUUGUCCUGGGCGGCUCCCUUAGCAUGCCAAGUGUUGUCAGCCGGAUGGACACGGAUGUGAGGACCUCAGGUGGCGAACAUUUCAUCGGGAUUGGAGUAGGCCCGGGCAGUGGCAAUGGCAGCAAGCAAGCCUCGCGUGUAGAAGACGACGCUAGUAGGAUGAAGGGCGACACCCUUGAGGGUAGCGGUGCUAGAGGGAAGGAGGGCGAUGCCUUGGGCACGCUAGGAGAGGUCCAGAUGCUGGGUGCUGAUCUUGGGCUAGGCCUAGGAUACAUGGGCAACACUGUUGUGGUGCCAGCAAGGUGGAUGACAGGAGGCGACCCAAUGGGCUAG